AGAGAAUGUGACCAAAGCAAAAGGCCAAAGGCACUGACUGUUCUCUUACGCCAAGAACACUGCAAUGGUAAGUCUGAGGAUUCUUUUUCUCAGCACUCACCAUCCUAAUAAGUAAUUAAUCAAAUAUUUUUCAUCUAAAAGAAUAAAAACAGCAUCUUGUUAGUGGGUGAGGCACCAAAUCAAAGGUUGAAAUUUGUCAGAUUAGGGUUCUUAUUAUACUCUUACUGCAAUUAGCCAAUUACAAGACACUGUCUUAGAAUUCAGACCCCAAAAGGAAUCUGAUUCCGAAGACUUUAACCCCUCCUCCGGAUAAGGUUUGGAGGGAUUGAAUUGAAAAGCAUUGUUCUUUUUUUCUUGGGUUGAUUUUUGUUUAUGUGGAUGAGCCAAUAAUUAUCCAAUUUUGGUUCUUUUGGAUUAAUUCCUAGAUGGGUUUUUCUGGGUUUUCGAUUUGGAAUUUGGAGCUCAAUCGAUUGGUUGAUGGGUUUAACCUUGUGGUAUUUUUAGGUGAUGAUGCUACACUUGGCAGUUCUGGAUGUUGUGGAUCGAUUCCUUGAUGGGUUUUUCUUGCUUGAUUAUUUAGAGAGGCCUUGAAGGAUCGGUGAUUGAUAUCAACAAUUGUUUGUGAUUUGGAAGAUUUUUGUUGAAAAUACAGAACUCCAGAUUGAUUUAUAGGUUGAUUGUGAUUGGAUUUAAGUAAUAAUCGCAUCUUUCAGUUUAGGAUUGCAGAGCUGUUGUAUAAAAUGGAGGGUCAGGCAAUUUCUGGUGAUGAGGUUUCAUUAACUUUAGUUAGAGAGGAAGACGAAGAAGAGUUUCGGAGCUGUUGUGAAGACGAUGAUGAAGUUUGGAAGGAGACUGAAGAACCAAUGAAAGUUGAGGCAAAAGAUGAGUCAAAAGAUGAUCUCGAUGAAUUUUCGGUGAAAAUGUUCUUCAAAGGCAUGUCCAUAGCUGGGUACGGGGACGCCAGUUGUGGGCUUUCUGGAAUCGGAGUUGUCAUGGAAAGAUCAAUCAAUGUUCCUGCAAUUCAGGUGCAGAAAAGGCUUGAUUUUUAUGUGGAGGAGCCUGUGGCUGACUAUUUAGCCCUGAUGGAUGGUCUAAUGGAGGCUGUGCAGAAUAAAUUCCGUAGGGUGUAUGCAUUCACAGAUUCUGAGCUGUUAUAUGAUCAGGUUUCACAUGAGGAGAAACUUGAAGUUCCAAUCUUGAUAGCACUGAGGCAAAGGAUCCUAGAGCAUGCCUGUAAUCUUGAAGCUUUUGUCCUGAAACUUGUCCCCACUGUAGAUCUUGAGCGGCCAUCAAAAUUAGCCCAAGUGGCAAUUGGAGUUGUCUCCUUUCCUGCUAAGGGUGUUGAAUCACUUGAAAAUUGUUCCAUCUGUUGCGACGAUAAACCAUCCCCAAUGAUGAUCACCGUGAAGUGUUCUCAUAAGUUCUGUACUCAUUGCAUGAGGACAUAUGUUGAUGGGAAGGUACAAUCCUCUCAAGUUCCCAUCAGAUGUCCUCAGCUGCGAUGCAUGUAUUACAUCUCCACUGCUGAGUGCAAAUCUUUUCUUCCACUCACUUCUUAUGAGUCAUUGGAGAAAUCCCUUGCAGAAGCGAAUAUUCUCCACUCAGAUAGAGUGUACUGCCCAUUUCCAAAUUGUUCCACCCUGCUUGCUCCCCUUGAAUGUUUGUCAGCCAGGGCAAGUUCAUCAAGUCAGUCAGAUAACAGCUGUGUCGAAUGUCCAGUUUGUCAGAGGUUCAUAUGUGUGGAUUGUGGGGUUCCUUGGCAUUCUUCUAUGAGCUGUGAGGAGUUCCAAAACCUCCCACUGGAAGAGAGAGAUGCUGCAGAUAUUACCUUGCAUCGCUUGGCACAGAAUAACAGCUGGAGGCGUUGCCAGCAGUGUCGUAGGAUGAUUGAGCUCUCUCAAGGUUGCUACCACAUGACGUGCUGGUGUGGGCAUGAGUUCUGUUAUUCUUGUGGUGCUGAAUAUCGGGAUAGCCAACAGACUUGUCAAUGUGCCUUCUGGGACGAAGACAACAAUAACAACACAGAAGACUUGGUCACUCAGUCUAUGCAUGAAUCUGAGCAAUGGGCGUGGGAAACAUUCAAUUCGUUGCCCAUGAUAAUGGAUGCGUACUCGGACCAAGAGAGAUCACAGCUGGAGCUGAUCCAGAGGUUCCUAGCUGGGGGAUUCAGUUUAAGCGACCAUCCCCCUUACCAGUCCCCACCGCGAUGUACAGAUUCUUAUGUAGAUGCCAUGAAAGAUCUUCAUCAGCUUCCUUGGCUGGAGAGGUUUGUGUCCGUGAUAAGCGAUAACUACUAUGAAGAAUAUAUCCAGUGAAUUAAAGGACUCCCGAUUUGGAAAAUAAUCUGCACAGUUACCCGACUAUGCCUUUCGAUAGGAGUAAAGAGUGUCUCGCUCUAUUCACCCCGGAGAUAUAUGUGCCUCUUUUCCUUUGUAGUUUCGUAAGCAAUGUGUUCAAAGAUUUGCGGCCAUUAAAAGUACCUUGUGUAAAACCUAGAAAGAGAAGUAUCUAUAUGCUUGAUGAUAGCUUUCUGCUUGAAAAAAAAAAAGGAGAUGAAGAAAUAAACACUGAAUUGAACGUUUA